AUAAAUAUUUACAGCUUUGAGACUUGUACUAAAACUCCUAUCAAUACCCCCAACCACCAAUGGCCCCCUCCCACGCGCCUCCGCAAGAUCUCGAACGCGCCGCCGGGUACGCCCCAAUCCCCGGUGGCCCAGAGGCGGAGCAACCAAAGCCCAGAAAGCUCCUCCGAUUCACUCCGAUACUGUUUUUUCUUUCAAUUUCCGCAAUCCUUUUGACCUUAAAAAUCACGAAAGACCCUUCUCGAUCUAAUAACCUAAAAAAUAGCACCGCCUCAUUCUCUCCGGCGACGCCGCUAGCGGAGGCGCCGUCGAGAGGGCCCGCCCAGGGGGUGUCGGAGAAGGUUUUCCGGUCGGUCGCCGGCGGCAAUUCCAGCUUCAGAUGGACCAAUGCUAUGCUGACAUGGCAGCGGACGGCGUUCCAUUUUCAGCCAGAGAAGAAUUGGAUGAACGAUCCAAACGGUCCCUUAUUUCACAAGGGGUGGUAUCAUCUCUUCUACCAGUACAAUCCCGAAUCCGCCGUGUGGGGUAACAUAGUGUGGGGCCACGCCGUCUCCCGGGACCUGGUCCACUGGCUGCACCUCCCAUUUGCCAUGGUCCCGGACCAAUGGUACGACAUCAACGGCGUCUGGACCGGCUCCGCCACGCUCCUCCCGGACGGCCGGAUCGUUAUGCUCUACACCGGUGACACGGCCGACUUGGUUCAGGUCCAAUGCUUGGCCCACCCGGCCAAUGUAUCCGACCCGCUUCUCCUCGAAUGGGUCAAGGACCCGGCCAACCCGGUCCUACUCCCCCCGCCCGGGAUCAAGAACGACGAUUUCCGUGACCCGACCACCGCGUGGCUCGCCCCCGACGGGCAUGCGUGGCGGAUAACAAUCGGGUCGAAGGUCAACAAAACGGGUGUCUCUAUAGUGUACGAGACCCGGGACUUUGUUGAGUAUAAGCUCUUGGACGGGUACUUGCAUCAAGUCCCGGGUACGGGUAUGUGGGAGUGUAUCGACUUUUAUCCGGUCUCGUUGACCGGGGUCAACGGGUUGGAUACCUCCGCAAACGGGGCGGGUAUAAAGCACGUUAUGAAGACGAGCUUGGACGAUGACAAGAAUGAUUACUAUGCGAUCGGGACGUAUGACCCGAUCCGGAAUGUAUGGACGCCCGACGACCCGGAAAACGACGUGGGCACCGGGCUGAGGUACGACUACGGUAAGUACUAUGCCUCGAAGACGUUUUACGACCAAGAUAAAAAGAGGAGGAUCCUAUGGGGUUGGAUUAGGGAGACCGACGCCGAGGUUGUCGAUGUAAUGAAAGGAUGGUCGGGUGUUCAGUGUAUCCCGAGGAGCGUCGUGUUUGACCAAAAGACGGGAAGGAAUAUCCUUCAAUGGCCGGUCGAGGAAGUCGAGAGCUUGAGAUCGGAGAGCUUUGAGUUUAAGGAUGUAAGGCUCGGACCGGGAUCCAUCACUCCGGUCACUAUCGAAACUAUGUCACAACUCGACAUAGAAGCUACCUUCGAGAUCGAGAAAGAUGAUGAAAUCGAGGCGGCAAUUGAAAACAACGACGGUUAUGCGUGCCCCACGAGCGGUGGUGCCGCCACUCGAGGAGUUUUUGGGCCAUUCGGAAUUAUAGUGCUCGCAGACAAAGCGUUGUCGGAGCUUACGCCGGUGUAUUUCUACGUGUCCAAAGGGUCUAAUGGGAAGACCACGGCGCACUUUUGCGCCGACGAGUUGAGAUCAUCGAAAGCAUUGGAGGUGCAAAAGAUUGUAUAUGGGAGCGACGUACCGGUUCUUGAUGGGGAAAAGUUUUCCAUGAGAUUAUUGGUGGAUCACUCGAUCGUGGAGAGCUUUGCACAAGGAGGGAGAAGAGUGAUCACAUCGAGGAUCUAUCCGACAAAUGCCAUAGGGAACGCCUCGCGCGUUUACCUAUUCAAUAACGCGACCCGCGCGAGGGUCACGGCGUCGAUAAAGGUAUGGAAAAUGAAAUCCGCGGAGAUUCAGCGCUUUCCGUUCGAUAAAAUUUGAUGUGAUCAUUAACAUGUUACUAUAUUGCUUCCUUCUUUCUUCUUUCUUGAUCUCAAUUAUUGAGUGGUGGAAAAUUUAUUUUACACCAUCCAAUCUUCAAUUUUUUAGAUAUAUAUAUAUAUAUAUUUUUUAUAUAUAAUUUUAGAUAUUCUUGGUUAGAUCAUUAUUAUGUGUAUUAUUUUUGAUGUAUUGGGUGUUGUAUGAAAAAUUAUUACAUGGAGAUGGAGUUGAAAUAAGUGGCCCAAUUUUCAUGGGUCUUGUUUGGAAUGUACUUGUACAUUAUUCUUAAUUCAAUACAAGUGCUUGUAAUAUUGAUUAUUAUUAUUAUUAUUAUUAUUAUGGAUGCUUGUAA